AAAUAUUUAUUAUACCGUAUGUAGAUAAUAGCGUGGACAAUAAAGUGCUAGUUUUUGGUGUUCAUCGUUCUUUUGACGGAGCUGAUGCGGAGCGUUUCUUGAGCGGAGCGACGCCGUGGCUGGUAGAAGCGGUUGGCAGGGAAGGAAUGAGCAGGGAUUCCCGGAAGCUACAUUAGAGGGUGAAGCAGCAACGCGGGACGACUGAAGCGGAUCGACCAGCUCGGGUGUCGACCAGUAUUGGUGUUUGUGGUCGUGUCGUCAUAAUGCUGGCAGCUGCUGGCAUUUGAACAAUACGGAUUGGUUAUUCGAGAUGGACGUGAUCGUAUAUAAUCAGCACGAAACUAGUAGCAUCUCCAGCAGCAACGAUGGCGCGGAGACUCAAUACGACGAGGAGAGCGUGCCUGAUCUCGAUAUCGACGGGGAUCUGCUGUCGAUCGACGGUGACAAGCUGAACAAGCUGCCCUUCCGCAGGAGUCUGUUCGACAAUGUGCCGCCAUACAUCGCCUUCCAGUCGUUUGACAGCAAGGUCAGCUCGGUGCUGCCGUACGAAGUGACGAGACAUCUUAAGUGGCAUCUCACUACGAUAACACCGAUAUUGGUGCGUCGCAUCGUCGCGAAUUCCGGUUACCGGUUGAUGAAGAAGUGCCGGUAUUGGUGCGGCACCUGGGGCAAGCACAUGAAGUCCGUCGCCUACAAGGGUCUGAAGGAGUCGCAGAAGGUCAACCACUUUCCCGGCACUUUUCAGAUCGGCCGGAAGGACCGGCUGUGGCGGAAUCUUAGCCGGAUGAUGGUGAAGUACGGCAAGCGGGAAUUCGGCUUCGUGCCGCGCACCUACGUGCUACCUCAGGACAUGCGUAUGUUCCGCCAGGUGUGGGAGAAGAACGGCGGCAAGGAGAAAUGGAUCAUCAAGCCGCCGGCGUCCGCGCGCGGCACCGGGAUCCGCGUGGUCCACCGCUGGUCCCAGAUACCAAAGAAACGCGCCGUCGUCGUGCAGCAGUAUCUGUCGCGGCCGAUGCUGAUACGUGGCGCCAAGUUCGAUCUGCGGCUCUACGUGUUCGUCACCAGCUUCAAUCCUCUCAAGGUUUACAUAUAUCCGGACGGCCUCGUGCGCUUCGCCUCCGUCAAGUAUAACGACGACAUCAACUACCUCAGCGAUCGUUUCAUGCAUCUCACCAACUACAGCAUUAAUAAGACCAGCGCGACUUACACCAGCAAUGACUGCGCGGAUUCGAGUACCGGUCACAAGUGGACUUUGAGGACCCUGUGGUCCUACCUUGAGCAGGAAAACGUGAACGUCGCCAAGAUAUGGGAGUCGAUAAAGGAUAUAGUCAUCAAGACGAUGAUAGCCGGCGAAUCUUCUAUCAACACUCUGACGCGAGCUAAUACAACUUCGAGGUAUUGUUGCUAUGAGCUUUUUGGCAUCGAUAUUAUUCUGGACGAGAAUCGGAGACCGUGGUUACUCGAAGUGAACAUAUCGCCCUCUCUACAGUCUUCCUCGCCUCUCGACAUCGCGGUCAAGGGGCCCCUCAUUAGAAACCUCUUUAAUAUAGCCGGAUACCAACUGCCCACGUGCGUACCGGCGGAGGAAACGGAGAAACUAGCCCAAAGAUAUCAGUUAGAUCCGGUGUGCCAAGAUUACAGACUGCACCGAACCACCCUUAGCUACCAGGAACGGCAUAAGCAGUCUUUAUACGCGAACUUGAGAAAUCGUGAGGAUUAUCUCGACGAAAUAAUUGACGAUCUGACGCCCGACGACGUAAGACACUUGAUUACCUACGAGGACGAGUUGACGCAAUUAGGGAAUUUCGAAAAGAUCUUCCCUACUACCACUAGCCACGAGUACUUGCAGUAUUUCGACGUUCCGAGAUACUACAAUAUGUUAUUCGACGCGUGGGAGACCAAGUACGGUGAUAAUCGGGAGGAGGGGAUCUCUCGACUGCAAAAAUUGUGCAAGACCAAGUAUCAUCUGGAACAAGCGAUUUUUUAGAUAGUAAUCCUUCUUUUCAUACGCCAUUUUACAACGAUGGUACCGAUAUCAAAGAGACGCGAAGCUGCGACGUCGUUCCCGUUAUCGACGCCUUAAAUCGUGUGGAAUCCUUUUUGUUUCGCAUGCUACGCGCGCUUUGUUGUAUACGGGUAAAACGUACCAUUUCCACUGUCCGAUGGUUCGCCAAGGAACCAAAUUCAUUAUGUGCCUUUUCCCACGGUUGUGCGAAUUUACUUUUACUGUAACGAAAUUUGUCUUUAAUAAAGGAUUUUUCAUUAAU